CAUCAUUGCUCUCUCUUGCCUUCCCGCUGCUUAUUUAUUUCCUCCGAUUCCCCCCAUCUCCUUCCCCUUUGCCAAGCACUCACUUUCAUGCCACUUGCCACACUCGCAACUCGUGUUCACAUCUCUAGUUGCUCUCAGGAGCGUGCCAUUCUGUCGUUCCCAACCCUGAUCUUCUCCCCGCUCCCUAGCGCCAGCCACCAUGGCUGAGGAGGCAAGCCGGCUUCUGCUAGAGCAAGAGCCACGACCUAUCUCGCCUCAGCGCUCCCCAACAUCCAUUGGCAAAGCUUCCCAUCACCCAGAUUCGGAGCCUGGUCCGUAUGAGCUCUCUUCCGAAUCCACCCCUCUCCUCAUCCAUCACAAUGACGAUUUACUGGGAUACGGCGGGACCGGUUCCAGGAGGCCGUCGUCUGUCCGACCUCGAAGUCUCUCGCCCAAUGGGUCACUCAAGAAACGCCGUGGACGUAUACGAUGGCCGAUUUUCUGUGCUCUCCUUACAGUGGCUGCUGUAGUCGCGAUUCUCAUCUUCGCCUUCAUCGCCCCAGCUGCCGUGAAGGAAUACGCCAAGGAGGCGGUGGUCUUCAAGCCCACCAAUGUCUCAAUCGAAUCAGCCACUGCCGAUGGCCUUCAAGCCCGGGUACAAGGGGACGUGGUGCUCGAUGCGGGGCGCGUACACAAGAGACCGGUGCGGGACAUUGGUCGUUUCGUCACUUGGAUCGGAAGGGAGGCUGAAUCCGGCCAGUCAGAAGUCGAACUAUAUCUCCCAGAGUAUGGGAACGUUCUCCUUGGCACGGCAAACUUGCCUUCCGUCAGGGUCAACAUUCAGAAUGGUCAUGUAAACCAUGUCAAUUUCCUGGCAGACUUUGUGCCUGGAGACUUUGAGGGAAUUCACAAUGUCGCACUGGACUGGUUGAACGGAAAGCUCGAGAAACUGACGGUCAGAGGAACAGCAACACUUGAUAUCAAGUCGGGCUUCCUCAGCCUGGGCCAGCAGUUCCUUUCCGACUCCCUCACUAUUGAAGAGGGCGACUUUCCUUCUUUGCCGGCUGUCAACAUCACGAAUUUCAACGUUCAUGAUGCGGAAGACCCAGGACAGCAAGGCGCAAUGGCAAUUGAUGCCUCAGUUGCUGCUCAGUUUGAUUCACCGUUCGGAGUGAACAUUCCUCCGCUCGGGUUCGAAGUGCUGGUCCCAAAUUGCUCUCCUGGUGAUGCCCCGAUUCGGGUAGCUGCUGCUACGACUCGAGGGUUCCCCAUUACUCCUGGCCAGCCAACAUCAUUUGACGUCGCCGGCAUAAUUCAAGGACUCUCUGAGGACCUGACCAGAGUUUGUCCAGGAAUGAAAGGUUCCCCUCUGGAUUUCCUGGUCAAGAGCUACAUUCAUGGAGAUGGAACCACUGUCUAUGUCCGUGGAGCGGACCCACCUUCUCUGGCUACACCCGGAUGGGUUGUAGAUAUCCUCAAAAGUGUGACAGUGCCGCUGAGCUUUACCGGGCAUGCCCUUGACAAUCUCGUCAGGAAUUUCACAAUGUCGGACGUGCAUUUCACCCUGCCAGAUCCCUUUGCAGAACCCGAUUCCCCAGAAUCACAGCCGACGGUAUCUGCGUUGGUCAAGGUGCUGAUUGGGCUGCCGAAAGAACUAGGCCUUCAGUUGGAUGUUCCUAGGGUCCGGGCUACUGCUGACGUGUUUUACGGUGGCAAUAAACUUGGAAUAUUGAACUUGCGAAAAUGGCAAGCUGCCAACUCGACCCUGCUCGACGAUGUUGAUGGCUCGCCAGCGUUGUACGUCGACUUCGGGAUCAAGAAAGCGCCGCUUGAAGUGACGGAUGAAGAUGUCUUGACUGAUGUUCUUCAAGACUUGAUUUUCCAAGGAAAACGGGUCAAGCUUGAUGUCGCCGCCAGUGUAGAUGCGGAAGUCACCACCGGAUUGGGCACUUUUGCUGUUAGUGAGAUACCCGCACAGGGUGAGAUCGUGGUUAAGCCCCCAUACGGUGGUUCUUUGGACGAAUUAAGCCCGCGUAUUGCAUCGGUAGAACUGGGAACUACUACUGCCUCAUCUCUUCUUGUGAAGGCUCUGGUCAACGUGACCAACCCCUCGCCAUACUCAGCAUCAGUGCCAUCAGUCGAUUUCCUGCUUCUAUUUAACGGUUCUAAAGUCGGACAUAUCACUGCGAAGGAUCUUACAAUUACACCGGGCGCCAAUGAUGGUCUCCCCGUGGACCUCACAUGGAGCCCACUUGUUCUGGAUGGGGAGACUGGCGUCACUGCUGGCCGGGAGCUACUCUCCAGGUAUAUUUCUGGAUACAACACCACUGUUACAGUACGGACACAUGAGGGAACGAUCCCGGGACUACCCAAACUUGGGAAGGCACUAUCGAAACUAGGGCUCGAGGUUCAAAUUCCUCGGGUACCCGUGCCUCAUGCCCCCGGUACCGGGGACGACCCUGAUGAUGGCCCAAAAGGGUUCAUUCAAGGAGCUACGAUGCACCUCUGGUCAUCGACGGCCGAGUUCACACUAUCCUCACCAUUCCCCAACACCACCAUUGACAUCACUUCGGUAUAUGCGCAGGCCUUUUACGAGGGCGACGAGGAAGUCGGCACCAUCGACUACCGCGUGCCGUUCCCCGUGCCGCCGGGUAUUUCAAUUACACCCCGGCUGCCUGUGGAUUUGAAUCUCGGCGGUAUUGGCUAUGACGCGCUGAAGAAAGCGCUGGGAGGCACUCUUGGAUUAGAUGCCGUGGCGAAGGUUGGCGUUCAGAUUCAACACUAUCGGGAUAUAGUGUUUUAUCAUGGGAAGGGGAUCAAGGCGCGAGUCAAGCUUUAGGAGUUUAUUCUUUCUUUCUUUGUUUUCCAUUUCUGGGUUAUUGUUUAGUUCAUGCUUUUACAAGCGGGCUUAAAUCGGUCUCUCAUUCAGCCUGAGCUGGCGUUAUGAAUAGAUCGGGCGUUUUGACGUUGGGGUAACUAGGCUAUUCCUUUCUUAGUCUAUUGGGCUUUUCGCUAGGAUACGGAUGACUCAUUUUAAAUACAAAGCUGAGUACGAUUGGC